CUCUCUCUCUCUCUCUCUCUCUCUCUGUAUUUUAACCCUCCAACUUGCAACGACUUGUUUGCCGUCCAAAACCAGAGCGAUCGAAAAAGAUAUAUGCGACUUCGAGAAGGAGAGAGAGAGAGAGAGAGAGAGAGUAAAGGCAGGCGAGCGUAACUGGAUCUAGAUCUUCCAACUUCUUCUGGCUGUGUAAAAUGGAGAUGAUGUCGACUCGAAGACCUCAUUUCGGAUUACACCUAUGGAUCUCCAUAUCUAUCAUUCUCUUCGUCCAAUCUCACUCCUUCUACCUCCCCGGUGUCGCUCCCGAAGAUUUCCAGAAGGGGGAUCUUUUGAAGGUGAAAGUGAACAAAUUGACCUCUACAAAAACACAGCUUCCGUACUCCUACUAUUCACUUCCAUACUGUCCUCCCGAGAAAAUAGUUGACAGUGCUGAAAAUCUGGGUGAGGUCCUUCGUGGCGAUCGUAUUGAAAACUCUCCCUAUGUGUUUAAAAUGAGAGAACCUCAAAUGUGCAAUGUUCUAUGCCGUGUAACACUUGAUGCAAAAACUGCCAAGGCAUUCAGGGAAAAGAUAGAUGAUGAAUAUCGCGUGAACAUGAUUUUGGAUAAUCUUCCUCUCGUUGUUCCCAUUAGAAGGAUGGAUCAGGAAUCAGCUAUUAUUUAUCAACACGGCUUUCAUGUUGGCCUGAAAGGACAUUAUACCGGAACCAAGGAAGAGAAGUACUUCAUCCAUAACCACUUGGCAUUCACAGUAAAGUUUCACAAGGAUCCACAAACAGAAUCUGCGAGGAUUGUUGGGUUUGAAGUCAAACCAUUCAGCAUUAAGCAUGAAUAUGAAGGCAAAUGGAGUGACAACACCCGUUUAGCAACCUGUGAUCCCCAUGCAAAACGUUCGGUUACCAACUCAGAAUCUCCUCUAGAGGUUGAAGAUAAGAAGGAAAUUAUCUUCACGUACGAUGUUGAUUUUCAAGUAAGCUCCUCGAUCUCAUACUUCAAGAAAAUAACAUCCCUGUUAAUGUUUUCUUACAAUUGUCUUGCCUCUUCUUCCACUAUACAGGAAAGUGAUGUGAAAUGGGCUUAUAGAUGGGAUACCUAUCUUCUAAUGGCCGAUGAUCAAAUUCACUGGUUCUCAAUUGUCAAUUCAUUGAUGAUUGUCCUUUUCCUCUCUGGAAUGGUAGCAAUGAUCAUGCUGCGUACAUUGUACCGUGAUAUUUCCAAGUACAAUCAGUUAGAAACCCAGGAAGAAGCCCAAGAAGAGACAGGCUGGAAAUUGGUUCAUGGGGAUGUUUUCAGACCACCCACAAACUCAGAUCUCCUGUGUGUUUAUGUUGGGACAGGUGUCCAGUUUUUCGGAAUGAUACUUGUCACUAUGAUGUUUGCCGUUUUUGGGUUUCUGUCUCCUUCAAAUAGAGGUGGUUUGAUGACAGCCAUGCUUCUGCUGUGGGUAUUCAUGGGCCUAUUUGCCGGGUACUCUUCUGUCCGCCUUUACAAAAUGUUCAAAGGAACCGAAUGGAAGAAAAUCGCCCUCAGAACAGCUUUCCUGUUCCCGGGAUCUGUAUUUGCUGUUUUCUUCGUAUUGAAUGCUCUAAUUUGGGGGGAGAAAUCCUCAGGAGCCGUUCCCUUUGGAACUAUGUUCGCUCUGGUGGUUUUAUGGUUUGGCAUUUCAGUCCCACUUGUUUUUGUUGGAGCUUACGUAGGGUUUAGGAAACCAGCACCUGAGGAUCCAGUGAAAACUAACAAAAUCCCAAGGCAGAUUCCAGAACAGGCUUGGUACAUGAACCCAGCUUUCUCUAUCCUUAUUGGUGGCAUACUUCCAUUUGGAGCCGUAUUCAUUGAGCUCUUUUUCAUUCUCACCUCAAUCUGGUUGCAGCAAUUCUACUACAUUUUCGGAUUUCUCUUCAUCGUGUUCGUCAUUUUAAUAAUUACGUGCGCCGAGAUUACAAUUGUGCUAUGCUAUUUCCAGCUGUGCAGUGAGGACUACCUUUGGUGGUGGAGAUCGUAUCUGACUUCUGGAUCUUCGGCUCUAUACCUGUUCUUAUAUGCUGCUUUCUACUUCUUCACAAAGCUUGAGAUUACAAAACCGGUUUCUGGGGUCUUGUACUUUGGGUACAUGCUGAUUGCCUCCUAUGCUUUCUUUGCACUCACCGGAACAAUUGGUUUCUAUGCAUGUUUCUGGUUCACAAGGCUCAUUUACUCAUCGGUGAAGAUUGAUUAAGUUGUGCAACCAGAAGGGUAUUAUCUCACGUUGAAGGCUUCAGUUUUGAAACCUUCAACAAUAGAAAUUCUCUCUUUUUGUUUCCUAUAAACUUCUUGAUACGGGUACUUUGGAUGUGUCGUAGUUCUCCUUUCUGUUUAGUUUCUGUUUUUCUUGUUUCGCUGUCACUCUGAAUUGAGGCAUUUUGGAGGAUGCUCAAGCAAGAUCCCUGUUAUCAUUAGCUACCUAUUCUAGAAUGGAUGAAGGAUUUUUUGUAUUAUCAACAGGUAUUUUUAUAUUAAUUUUCGAAGGUAAUCUGUCCUGGAAAAA